CAUCGCCGCCGACACUGAACAGUUUCGGACUCAACGGCCAGGCAAACGCAACACACGCAGUCAGUCGAAGAAUUAAAGUGGUCUAAAACACAUUUGUGUCGACGGUUACGGACGCAACGCAGGGCAGUCCAUGUUAUUCGAAUGCUAAAUGUGCAGCAGACGCGCUAAGCUGUAUGCCGCAACAACAAAGUGUGUGCGCACGUUGUUAAUAAAUAAAAUAGUUAAAGCAAUAAAAAAUAGAUAGAAUAGCUCUAUAUGAAAUGAACAAUAACGGAAAGUAAAUCACGGUUUAUAAAAAAAUAUUUAAACAUAGAAUCGGUGUUACAGUGAGUGUAAGAAGAAAGUCCAGUGAAUUGUGUAGAAAUAUUGCAUAGAAAGCGUUAGCGUUAAAUUAAAGGAAGAAUUUCAAAUUCUUUAAGGUCAAAGUGAGUGAAAUACAUACGAGUACAUAGUGUAAGGCAAUAAUGUGCCAACAACAACAACAAUAUAUCGAGCGUAAAGUUUAGUGAAAACCAAAACAUAAAGAACGCCGACUCAAGUCCUAGGCGGGGUGGAUUACAAAUCAAAUAAAAAUACAUACAAUCCGAUCCGAUUCGAGCGGAAGAGGCGAAAUAAAAACAAAUAAUAAACGCCGUGCUGUGGCGCAACUGAAUUGUCAAGUAAGAACAACGCAAAAAAAAAAAAUCUAUAUGAACAGCAUGACAACUGGGCAGUUUUUGUUGUAAGAACAAGCAGUGCAGAAGAAAAACGCCAAAAAAUAUAUAGAACAUUACUAAAGUUGCCACAGCCGUGUGUUGCAAGUGUUGUGCUAAAACAACAGUAAUAAAGCAGCGAGAACAGCAAACUUGGCAGACAAGCGCCGCAAGUGUAGGGAAAGAGGUGGCACGGUGCGGGCAGAGCGUUGUUAAAAUGGUUGGAACGAUGACAAUUGCCAGUUGUUGCAAGUAGCAAGCGUAGACUGUCAAAAACUUGUCAAACCAGCACACACAAGUGGCGGACGGCGCACAGAAGCUGCCAGGGAAGUGUGGCACGACAACAAUACGAGCAGAACACUAGAGCCAACAGUAGCAGCGGCUGAAGACAGCACAAACUAGUUUUUGUGUGAAAAAAAAACAAAAAUAAAACGAAAUAAAAAAUUUAAGUUGUUUCCUUCUUUUGCGCCAAAGUCCUUUCAUUUGUCUUGGGCGACAUAAGAAGAACAAGAGCAACUAAUAAAUCCAACAAAAGAAGUAGUACAAGCCUCUUACACGAACAAAACAAAAGUGUAGUCGGUCGAAGCAUUAAACCGGCAGUGAACGCCACCCAGCAAAGGAACAUCAACCUGACCCGAAGUUACUUGAACGACUUGAAGGAGCGCACACCAAAAGCGCAACAAAGCCAUAAAAGCGCUUGAGUUUCGCAGAACACAGGAAAAGGUGUGACUGAGGGGCCGAUAACCGUUAGUUAGGUUACGCAGCGUUGUGACAACGCUGCUGAUAGGAAUUUGUAAGCGUCAAAAGUCGGAGACAGCGACGGCGAAGAAGGGACGCCCACAUGCUUUUGAUUAGAUGUUCGUAGAAAUGUAAUCAUGCAGAUAAUGCGAGCAUACCUACAAAUGGCAACAAUAACAACUGCUUACUAAUAGCUGACACAAUAACAGCAACAACAACAACAUCAAGUAAGUGAACUUGAAGAAGCUACAAACAAAUAAUAAGAGCAAUAUUCAGCAAAAGUGAGCAAAGUGAGCUUGAAAGCGUGCUUCCAUACUGGCAACGAGAUAUUCAAAUCAAAAGACGUAGCAACUGUAACAGCAACAACAAUAAUAACAGUAGCAGCGCACACUAGCCAGAGGCAGAAAUAAAUGAGCAAAGUUGUUGGCGCGCUGCGUGCAGCAUGUCCGUGAGGACAUUGGAAUUCUACAACGUCAAAGACAAGCGAGCAGGACACAGCAGGAUAACCGGAAUGUAAUAUUCUGCUGCUAACGGUGAAGCACAAUGUUUGCAUGAUUUGAUAGCAACAGCAACUACCAGCGCAGUAACAAAAAUAACAAGAAAAGAAAACCAAAAAGCAAGACAAAACAACAACAAAAAUCAAAACAAUUACCUCAGCAGCAGACGCAGACGCAAACGCAAAAGAAAGAAAACAGUCAACAACAGAUUGCAGUCGACGGCAGUCAGCAACAGCAACUGAUCCGUAGUGCAACCUGAGUUUGGCAGCAGCGUAUAAUGCGCCAAGACAAGGCAUUGAACGCCAGCCGAACGGCAGCCACUAACAGCACACAAAGCGAAACACCAACGCCAACAACAGCAACAACACAAGUGUCCACAGCAAUGCCGCAGCAACAACAGCGCGUCACCAACAAGGCCAACACACAGCCAGAAGCUGCAGCAGCGCCGCUAUCUGCGGGUGCCACAGCGACAGCAACCGAGCGAGGCGAAACCGAAGCCGAAAACACGCCGUGCGCCGAGCACCGUGUUGACAUGAGCUGUCCAAACAGUAUUCGCCAACAACAAAUGUCCAAAAUGGAUGCGGCCUUGAGCGGCCUGCCCAGUGCAGCAUUGGAGGGCAGGAGCAGCAGCGGCGCCGCGACGCACAAAUUACAUGGUCAACAAACAGUAAUGCCAAAUGCAGCGCAUGCGGCCACGGCCGCUGAACUGCAACUAACGACAACAGCAGCAACAACAAAGGCAACAAUAGAUUGCGAAAUAGUGCAUGUCAGUCGCCUGCCAGCUGCUGAUAAGGACAACGACAACAAGAGCAAGCACAAUGCCAGCAGCAGCUUGUUGACACAACAACAACAGCAGCAGCAACAACAACAACAACGAACCGUGGCCAUCACCGCAAAGUCAACGCCAAAAGCAGCCGAAAAGGCGAACGCUGCAUUCCACACAACAAAUAUUUUCACAGCUGUCUGCCGUGGCUACAGCUGGACCAGGUCGAAGGAUCGCGCCAACAGCAAAGCGCUCUUCCAUCUACUCCAUUUGAUUUUCUUCAUGCUGUGCCUCAUUGCGUGCGCAUUGGCGAUGUACAGCAUUGUGCGGCAUUCGCGCAACGAGCAGCGGCUGCGGCAAGUCCUCCAACUGGACGAACGAAUAAGUGCGCUGGAGUCGAGGCUGCAAUUAUGUGAGCAGCGCCACCAGCAACAACAACAAUUUGAUUUGAACACACAGCGACCGCUAAAUAAUGAGCACGAAGCCACGAGCCCCGAUCUGGACACGGGUGAUUUGCAUAAUCGGUCAGGGGAGCAAUUGCCGCAGCAACAACAAUUGCCGUUGGAUGUGACACAAACGUUGCAGCGAUUGUCGCGACAGGUGAGCGAUUUGCAUCGUUUGCGUCGUGAUGUUUCGCAUUUGCAAAUGUCGCGUCGCCAACAGCAGCGCCGGCAGGCGAGCUUGACGGCGGCCACCACCGCCGAUGGACUACUGUUGCAGACACCGCAGCAAAAUGCGCAUUCCGGCGAGUGUGGAUGUACGGCAGGACCACCUGGACCACCAGGCCCACCGGGCAAACGGGGGAAACGUGGCAAGAAGGGCGACCCGGGCGAAAAGGGUGAUGCGGGCGUCAAUGGCGUGAACGGCGAGAAGGGCGCUGCCGGCAGACCUGGCGACAAAGGUCAAAAGGGUGAUGUCGGCCAUCCGGGUAUUGAUGUCUUCCAAACAGUGAAGGGUCUGAAGCGUUCGGUCACGACCUUACAUGGCGGCACUUUAGGUUAUGCUGAAAUUGUUGCUGUCAAGGGUUUGCAAGAAGCCGGUGUGAAUGUAUCAGCCGCCACUGUCAUACAAUUGAAGGGUGAACCUGGCGAACCAGGUCCACCUGGACCACCGGGACCACCCGGUGAGCCCGGCUCACCUGGCAUGAAUGGCGGACGUGGUCCACCUGGCGAGACUGGCCCAGCGGGACCUGCUGGACCACCUGGAGAAGCUGGACCAAUUGGCCCACCUGGCGCGCCGGGCACACUAGGACCUAAGGGUGACAAAGGUGACCGCGGCGACCGAGGUCUUACCACGACCAUUAAAGGUGACGAAUUUCCCACCGGCAUCAUUGAGGGGCCACCAGGUCCACCGGGACCACCUGGUCCACCUGGCGUACCUGGCGAUCGCGGUGAAGUGGGCCCCGCUGGACCACCCGGCCCACCUGGCGAGAAGGGACCGCGCGGCAAACGCGGCAAGCGGAUUUUCGGACCCGGCGGCGCUAAAGAUGAGGACUAUGACGAUCCACCGGUGCAACUAUUGCGCGGCCCACCCGGUCCGCCGGGCAUGCCUGGCAAAGACGGACGCGAUGGCCGUGACGGUAACAAGGGUGAUGCGGGCGAACCCGGUGAGCCUGGCUCGCUGGGCCCACGUGGUCUGGAUGGGCUACCUGGUGAGCCAGGUAUUGAGGGUCCACCUGGCCUGCCCGGCUAUCAAGGUCCACCCGGUGAGAAGGGUGAUCGUGGCGAUAUUGGACCGCCCGGUCUGAUGGGUCCUCCUGGACUGCCUGGUCCACCCGGUUAUCCGGGCGUGAAAGGCGACAAGGGUGAUCGCGGCGAUUCAAAGUAUAGAAAAAUGCGCCGGCGACAAGAUGAGGGAAUGUCGGAUCAGCCACAUAUGCCAACCAUUGAAUAUCUUUAUGGUCCACCUGGUCCCCCCGGUCCUAUGGGUCCGCCCGGUCAGCCGGGUAAACAUGGAGAACGUGGUUUGGACGGACGCAAGGGUGAUUCGGGUGAGAAAGGACAAAAGGGCGACCAAGGACCAAUGGGUUUACCGGGUCCUAUGGGUAUGCGUGGUGAUUCCGGUCCAAUGGGUCCCUCUGGCAAAGCUGGCUUACCGGUGUGGGGCUACUAAUUCUAAACAGGCAAACACACACAUAAAUUUAACUAAAAAUGUUUACUAAAAGCAGAAAAAAAUAACAAAAAAUAACAACAAAAAAUGCAAACUGAAACGAAGUUCAUGAAACGCCAAAAAUAGCAUAGAAAAUUGAAAGCAAUGCAAUACACAGACAAACACAACUACAGACACAAAUGAAUAACACAAACGCGCACACAGAAAAUGCAAUAACAAAAACACAACGCACAAAACAAAAUAUAUUUACACUAAAACAUACAAACACAUAUACACAUAAACAAUUUAGAAAACACACACAAACGCAAGACCUUAAGUACUUCGUGAACCAAAGCUCCGGAAAUGCAAAUAUAAUUUGUGUGACCCACACGCAGCACAGAAUCAAAAAUACAAGCAAAAUCAUCAAAUUUCAGCAAACAAAUUACAAAUGACAAUUUCGAAAAAUUUCGAGAAAUUUGAAAAUAAUAACACAAGAUAUAUUCUUCCUUUGCUACGUAUGUACAUAUUUACACUCCGAAAUCAAAAGUCAGGCUUGUGCACACUGCUAUUUGACCUUAGAAAUUCAUAGAAAAAUACUCAGAGCAAAACAAUUGUUAAUAACAACACAGUUGAACUCGCUGAACUCCAACUCGACAAGCGGCAAGCAUUUAACUUGCAAAUAGAUACGCACACACAUACACAUAUGUAGGUGUAUUUGUAUACAAAUGCAAUGCAAGCUUAAGUACUUAAGUCUAAGCUUAUAAAUAUUAUGGUAAGAGCAUUUCUGAAAAGUGUAAAUAUGCCCAAAUAAAUAGCAGCAACAGGCAGCAUGCUUGUGGAAUUUCAUUUCAUAUUUUACUGCAACCAAAUUUUCAAUUUUGUUAAUUUUUCUUUAUGUUCUGCUGUUCAUGGUUAAAUGAUUUGCCAGAAAUAGAUUUGUCAGAUAGUAAAAAUUUA